UCUGUCGACAGUCGGAGUCUUUAUAAAAGAACGAUGAGAGCUAGUUACGAAGCGGUAACAGUUUCAAGACAGUAUUUCAGAUUAAACUUAUACAUAUUUCUGUAAAAUUGAAAAAUAUUGUAAAAUGUGUGCCCGCGUAUUAAUCUGCGUAAUUAUGAUCGCGCUCUUUGCGAUCAACCAAACGAAUGCUGCGUUGACGAUGGAACAAAUUCAUAAGACGGCGAUGACUAUGCGAAACUCUUGUGUAACUAAAAGCCACGCAGAUCCCGGAGCUGUUGAAGGAAUACAAACAGGUCAAUUUCCAGAUGACAAUCAACCAUUAAAAUGUUACACACUUUGUAUAAUGAAAUCGAUGCGAACUUGGAAGAAUGGACGCAUAGAUGAAGGCAUGAUGCUUAAACAGAUGGAUAUAAUGAUGCCUGCCGAAAUGGCAACGCCUCUGAAAGCAGUUACAACUGCGUGCGCUGCACGUCCCCCUGCCAGCGAUGAUUGCGAAACGACUUAUCAGUUUGUGAAGUGCUGCUAUGAAACAGAUAAGGAACACUUCUUCUUUCCUUAAUCGAAAUUGGAUGCAAAUAAUUUUGGAAAAAUAACGUGAUUACAUAAAAGAAAAAAGUGUGAUGAUUUUUAGCGAUAAGUAAACAUAAAAAUUGCAAAAAAUAUACAAUAUAAAAAAUUACAAGAUUUAUGUAAUCAUAUAUGAACAAAUAGAUUACAUAAAUAUAGGGACAAGGCGUAAGAUUGAAAUUGUAUCUUAAAAAAAGAUUAUGCAAUAUUAUAUAUAUAUGUUUAUGCGUUAUUAUAAUUAACAACUAGUUUAUCUUAAUUAACGUAAUGUAAAGUAGCUGUUAAAAUUGGUUAAAGCGCUUUAAAAAGGAUAUAAAUAGUUGCACGAUAUUAACAUAUUUUUGUUUAAAAUUAUAAUUUUAGAAACAAAUAUUUCUUUAAAAAUACAUGCAAUUUUCAGAAA